AUUCUCAAUUACUCCUGAGAAUUUUUCGCUGGAGUUAAAGCGUCGCCACAGAGAGAAUUUUUUCUCUAUUGAAAUUCGCUGAAGAUGGGAGAAAUCCCAAGGCCCGCUCACACUCAAACAGGCGAAAUCAAGGGCUUCAGGCGACAUUCCAACAGGCGAGCUUCUACGCACGCGAGCAGGCGACCUCGAUCUCGCCUUCAAGCCCUCGCCAGACACGCCCGCAGGCGACCUCCACAGGCGAGCUCCGACGCCUUCAAACCCUCGCCUGAGCUUCCUUGCCUCCACGUUCUGGCGAGCCCUCGAUGCCAUCGCCGUCCGCUGCCUCCGCCUCCGACGAUCGCCGUCGUCGGGACCGUCGAGUGCUUGCCCUCACGCUUCACGCCUUUGGAGUUCACUUCUGUUUUUCAGAAGCUAAAGAAAUUGUGCAUAACUGAUCUAUGUACUAGAGAUCCGGAACAAAUUUUUGCCAUCACUUCAUUUCUUCGAAGUUUCUCUGAGUUACAAGAACUUAUUGUUGAGGUAAAUACGUAUGAGCUAGAGAUGGUAAUACAGGACAGACCCAAGCUAUGGAUCAGACCCGAGUUCAAUACCCAACAAACCUUACAGUUGAGGUAAAACCAUGUGAAAUAGAGAUGGUGAUCGCGAACGGAUCCAAACCAAUAAAUCAGACCUGUGCUCACCUAGCCCUUACAGUUGAGGUGAGAGGGGAUAUCGCAAAAUUGGGAUCAUAUAGGGUCGGCGCUGCCCUCUUCCUAUCGGAUGAUUUUUACUAGUCAGGCUUGAGUAAGGCUACUAUAAACUUAAGUGGAUAGAAGUUCUUUGUCCACCAACUUUUUUGUCCAUUAAUUUUACAUUAAGAAUUAUGCUAGUAUGUGAUACAAAUGAAGGCACAAAUCUUAAAUAUAACAUUGAUGUAUAGCACAAAUCUCAAAGCAUAAUGAAUGGAUAAAAAGUUUGGUGGACAAGUGCUUCUAUCCACUUAAGUUUAUAGGAGCUUUACUCGUCGAGCUUGAGUAAGGCUACUAUAAACUUAAGUGGAUAGAAGCCCUUUGUCCACUAAUUUUUUUUAUCCAUUAAUUUUGUAUUAAAAUUUGUGCUAGCAUGUGAUACAAAUAAAAGUACAAAUCUCAAAGAUAGCAUUGAUGUAUAGUACAAAUCUCAAAGUAUAAUGAAGAGAUAAAAAGUUUGGUGGACAAGUGAUCCUAUCAAUUUAAGUUUAUAGGAGCUUUACUCGUCAAGCUUGAGUAAGGCUACUAUAAACUUAAGUGGAUAGAAGCCCUUUACAUAUAACUCCUAUUAUAAGUAGAUAAAAAUGAUAUUCAUAUCAAGGCUUUUUAUUUUAACCUCAUCCUUACCGAUGUAAACACAUUCCUAAAAUUAAACCAUGUGAUGGGAUGAAUGUAUAACUGAACGGUUGGAUGGUUUAUUUUUUUGACAUUUUUUCCCCCCAGAAUGUGAUUGAUUACAUCGAGUUUGGAACCAUAUUCAUAUCAUUAUAACAAGCCAUUUGUUUUUACUAUCUAUUUUUUGAACCCAUACACAGUUCUUCAUAUAUUGGAAACAUCCAUGAAAAAAUUUUAAAAUUGAAAAAUCAUGUUGAUGGAUUGUAAAGUAUUAUAAAUUAUCAUCAUUCAAUUUAAAAUGGUAUAAUAUUUGAACAGAGUUAAUGUAUUAGUUAUUUCCUAACAAUAUUUUAAUUGCUAUCCAAACAAAAGAAGUGACUGUUACUUCCAAAAAUAUAUGAAACAAACAAACAAACAAAAAAUUACUUCCAUAGUUAAUAGAUACAAAGAUUCCAUUUUCUUUCCUUCAUAUUUGUACGUGUCCUGCACAUAGUGUGAACGUGUGCCAGCCUGGCAUCUCAAAUCACGUGAACGGGUAAAAGAAGAGUCCAGCGGGUAAAUUUGCGUAGAUAGCCAAGGUCCAGCGGGUUUCUUCACCGGCCCAUCAAACUAUUAUAAAUAUGCAUGUUUACCUAGGGUUUUAGUGUGUGGGAGAAAAAUUGCUGCGGAAAAAGGCUGCAGGGGAAAAACAACGGAGCAAAGAAAAUCGAAAAAAAGGGCAGAGGGUUUUUUUGCUUCUUUUCUUUUGGCGGCUGAUCAGAGAAUUGAAACAGAGAGAGAAAAGGAGAGAAAAAAAGAGA